AUGGCCACGUACGGUCGUCUCGAGUACCUGCAUCCCAAUAAUUCCUUCAUCACCGAGCCCCUCUCAGAUGCCUACAACCUCAUCACCUUCGGCAGAGACCCCAAGUGUGAUAUCGUGCUGGAGACUCCCCACAUCGCCGCGGUUCAGACAAAAGUCUACGUAGACCACAGCGAGCUGUGGGUGUGCGACGCCGGCCCAGCAAACGGCGAGCCGAGCCUCACCCGCGUCAACGGGAAGGAGCUCGGACCCAAUCCGCAGCAGCUGCAGCCCGAGGACGUCAUCGAGGUCUUCAACCGUCGCUUCCGUUUCGUGGCCGAGCACACCAAAAAGAACGUCUCGAUGUCCGCCAGCCUCGAGGCCGCCGUCGAGCAGAUCAGGGACAAGCCGGUCAGCAGGGUUGGUCCGGCGGUUGAAGAGGAGCCCAUGAACUACCUGGCCGAACGGAUCAAGUCCGUGUUUGGCGAGGAGUUCUACGACAGGUCGUUCGAGCAGUGGUGCGACGGCAAGGCCUACGCCACCUCGAGCGGCCCGCAGCGCAACAACUACGACUGGGUGCCGGGACCCGAUCUCGCCGCCAUUGUGGUGCUUACCGACCGCCGCGCAGUGCGACUGCUCCCUUUGAUGGUCGAGAACGCGCUCACGGGCGCGGUCGAGCUCUAUCUGCCGCUCGGCUCGUUCGUGCCCAAGCAGCCGCGCAAGGCCAGGCGGGUGGCCCGACGCACGGUCAAAAGCGAGGACCUCCUCCCGCCGGCGUCAUCCAAGAUCGCCGGCGACGCCCCCGCCUCGGGCAAGAACGAACGCGAAACGGAGAAGGCGACGAAAACGAAGACGACGACCAGGAAGAAGACGAUCGUGAUGGAAGAGGAAGAGGAGGUGGACCACGAUGAAGAAGAGGUGUACGAGGAAAAGCGCGACAGGGGCGAAAAGGAAAAGGAAAAGAAGCAGAAGGGACGACGGACGGUGGCGGCCGUCAAGGGCGUCAAGCGUACGGCGUCGAAGACCGCCGAAGUCAAAGAAGACGAAGAUGAAGAUGAUAACGAAGACUACGCGGUGGAAGCGAAGCCGUCGAGCAAGGGUCGGAGCGCGUCUGCUACGAAGGCAAAGGCGAAGGUGCCGCCAUCCAAGAAGUACACCAGGAGAAAGCCAGUCAAGGAAGAAGAUGACGAUGACGAAGAGGAGGAAGCGAGCAAGGCCAAGGAGGAAGAGGUAAACGAUGACGGCGACUUUGCGUUCAACGAUAAUGACGAUGAAGUGGUCAAGCGCAAGACGACAAAGAAGGUUAAUUCCACCAAGAGAGUGGCGAGGCGAACGACCAAGAAGACGACAACAACGAAAACAAAGAGUCGCAAGGCCAGCGACGAUGAUGGCGGCGACGAUGAGGACUACAACGACGAGGCCAGCGAGGAGGAGAGCGUGGACAUUGAAGGUGUCACCGCUGAGGAGGGUGACGACGACGACGAUGACGACGACAACGACGAACGAAAGAAGGCGGCGGCCAAGCGGACCGCGACACGUAAGAACACCACCAGCGCCGCCACCAAGAAGGCGAGUCCGCCGGCCGAGUCUCCCGUGCGACGGAGCGGCCGAGCCACCCGAAGCACCACGGGACCCGUCACCGCCAAAGCCAGCGGCGCCUCGCUUUUCCGUGAGACGAAGGACCGCGGCAAGCUGGUGGAUCCGUUCUCGCCGACGAAGAGCAUCACAAAGAACUACAAAGAAGUGUACAAGAAGAAGAAGGCGCAAGGCACCCCGCAGCGUGGGGUGGUGACGCGACGGAAAGCCAACGCCACCGCCACCGAUGAGCCGCCCGCCAAGCCCCGGGGCAAGCUCGACCUCUAG